AUGGCCGCGGGAUCAGGGAUCGGCAUCGGGGUCUGGGAUUCCGGGUCGUGGAUUGAAACUGGGAUCGGGGAUCGAGGGAGGCACGGCCGCGACGCCCAAGUUGCCACAGAACGAAUGGCGGUCCCACCAAUCAGCGGGCCUCGCUCGCUGAUUGGGUUCUGCAAGGCGCGGACACGGAAGUGCAGCUUCCAAUCCAUGGAUUCCCUCGCUUUCCUCUGCGCCCGCUGCAUUGUCGCCCACCACCCUCGUCUUGCCGUUCCUGCCCAUCUCUAUCCCAUCCUUUUCCAAGUGGCAUUCCUGGAUGGGAGACCCCUGGUGCUGCGAGAUUUGGUGGCCACUUGGCCUUUCAAAGAGCUCCUCUUGCAGCGGCUCCUUGGGCACCGCAAGUUGCUCCGGGAUCAUUCCUGCAAGGACUGCGUCCAGGCUGUCAUCCAGGGUGUGAUGGAGCAGCUCCAGCAGGAUGUAGAAGAGCCCGGCUGCCAUUCCAGGCUGCGCGUGCUGGAUAUGAUUGGACUCUCAAAUUCCGUGACUGGCAACACGCCCGCUGGGUUGACCACCCCAUUCAUCACAGUUGUUUUGGCUAAGGCUUGCAUGCAGGUGUCCAAUCACCAGCAGAAAUUCCAAAGGCAUGGAUCCCAGUGGCACAGAGGUCGCUCUGGAGCUGCCACAGCCGCUCCAUGGCCCCCGGGCAUGGACGUCCACACCGACCUGUGUAUCAACACAAGUUCCUACAAUACUGUGUGCAACGGGCUCCAGGCCGGAGCUGCCAGCCCACUACGCCUUAAGUGCCGCGAAUUCAAAACAGAGUUCAUUCCAGCAUCUGAGAUCGUGCCUUUGUUGGAAUCUCUGGAUCCAUCCUGUUUGCGAAGGAUAAAUCUCCAUGCCACCUGUUCAGGACUGAAGGGGCUCUUGGAGAUCCUGCCGCACCUCUUGCGCUUCCCGCAGCUGUACAGUCUCAAGCUCGAGUACAGCAAUGUGGACCUGAGGAACCAGACGGCAGAAUCAGCCAACAAAAUCCGUAGCAUGUCCAGGCAGCUGGGAAUGCUGCCCAGCCUCCGAGAGCUCAACCUGGGAUCCUCCUGGCUUUCGGGGAAUCUGCACCAGAUCCUCUGGGACCUCCGUGCUCCAUUGGAAAGCUUGGAAUUGAAUGAUUGCUCCCUCGUUCCCGCCGAUCUCGCCUUCCUCUCCCAAAGCUUCCAUGCUCCGGCCCUCAAAAUCUUGGAUCUGAGCCGCCUCAAAGUCUCCCAAGGCCUCCUGGAGCCGCUCCGGUGGCUCCUGGAGAAAACCUCGGCCUCGCUGCUGCACCUGACUCUCAUGGCGUGCGAAAUGACCGACUCCCACCUGGAUGCGCUGAUCCCAACGCUCCAGCGCUGCUCCCGCCUGCGCUUCCUGGACCUCUCUUACAAUCCCCUGUCCAUGGACGCGCUCAAGAAUCUGCUCCAGAAAACAUUGGAGCUUCCAGAUCUCCAGCUGGUCGUGUAUCCUGAGCCCAAGGAGUGCUACCAUAUGGAAUCAUCAGGAUUCACUUUAAAUAGAAAGGUUGUGGAUAAGGAACUUUUGGCGGCAGCUGCCGCCGAGAUUUCCCAGCUCCUGGAGAAUUCUGGGAGAAGCGACCUCGUCUGGACUUACGAUCGCGACAACCACAGAGCUCCGGACUACUUCUCCUUGUGAUUUGGGAAACCCUUGGAGGAGGGAAAAUCUCGGAGCCUCCAUCAAGAAAAAGCAACGCCACCUCCUUCCUGAAAUCCAGGUGUUUUCCACCUCAUCCCGCUGCAUUUCUGCCUCAUUCCAGUGGAUUUUUCCUUUCAUUUCAGUGCUUUUCUAUUGACAAUUGAGAGACAGACGGGUACUACUGACUCGUGAUCAGAAUCCCAAUUUUACUCUGAGCUACCUAUGCUUAUAUCCCAUUUUCAGGAGGGCUAGUAAUUUUUUACUGCAUUCAUUGGGUUAAAAAUCACAGAGAUAAACUUCACAUUUCUACUUUGUUCCAUCGUCUUCCCUCUCGCCAGUCUCGAUCCAACCUCCUUGUAAUCUUCCAAGCUCUGUUUGCUCUUGCCAAGGCAUCGCGGUUAUCAAACUGCACAUGCUAAUUCAAUGCACAGCGCUGUCAGUCCCAGUUACUGCACUUUCCUGACUGCUUUUGUUGGUUUUCUGAACAGUUCCAAUAUUUUCACAGGUGUAUUCGAUUUUCUGCCAUGUUCUGAGGUUUUUUCCAUCCCAUUCUGAUAUUUUCCCCUCAUCUCCGUAUUUUUCAGCCUCAUCCCAGUGUUUUCCGCCAUUUAAUUACUUUUCCCCAUGUUUUUUCAGCCCAGUUUUUUCUACUGAUAUUUUUAUACAUCGGCCCGGUAUUUUCCCAUCCCAUUUCAUGAUUUUCCAUCUCAUCCUGGUGC